AUGGCAGAUAAAUGUGGGCGUCUUAGAUUCAUUGAGCUUGAGAAUUAUAAGUCCUACAAGGGGAAACAAAUCAUUGGCCCUUUCAGCACAUUUACUGCUAUUAUUGGACCAAAUGGCUCAGGAAAGUCUAAUUUAAUGGAUGCUAUAAGUUUCGUGCUGGGGGAACACACCAGGCAUCUGCGUGUUCGAAGACUUGGAGAUUUGAUUCAUGGUUCUGUGGUAGGUAAGCCCGCUUCAAAAUCAGCCUCCGUUACUGCUGUCUAUGAAAUGCCAGAUGGGGAGCUUACCAGGUUCAGUAGAGUUAUUCAUGGAAACGCCUCGGAAUACCGUAUAAAUGGCCAGCCCGUAAGAAUCGACGAAUACUCCGACGCACUCGAAAAAAUUCAUAUAUUUAUGAAAGUGAAGAACUUCCUUGUUUUUCAGGGAGCCGUUGAAAGUAUUGCCAUGAAAAAUGCUCGAGAGAGAUGUCAAAUGUUCGAGGAGAUUAGCAAGUCAGCAGAUCUGAAAGAGGACUAUGAUUUAGCUAAAACUGAGAUGCAAAAGUUGGAAGAAGAUGCUGCCUUUAAUUUAAAUAAGAAGAAGGGCAUAGUUGCGGAGAGAAAGGAAGCUAAGUUGGAAAUUGAUGAAGCCGAAAAAUAUAGAAGACUUCAAAUGGAUCUGGCCAGCAAGCGCUUAGAACUGCAUCUCUUUAAGUUGUAUCAUAACGAUGUUGAAUGUAAACGCGUAAAGGAAGAACUUAAGCAUCGAGAUGAACGUCUUCAAAUUGAAAAUGAACAAAGACAGAACAUAGAAGAAGAAAUGAAAGAAAAAAAGCGUGAACUUGGGAAAAUAAAUAAGGACCAAUCUGCUCUUGACCAAGAAAUAAAAAAAUGUGAUCAAAAAAUUGGCAAGAAAAAGCCAGAGUAUAUCAAAGUUUCUCAGCUACUACGUCACAUCUCAGAAAAGCAUAAGGAAUCAAAAAAGUCUCUAGAUACCGCUAGACAACUCCAUAGCAGCCAUUCACAAGAGAUUGAUCAGCUUGAGUCAGAAUAUGAGAAAAUAUUAGCCCUAAAGGAGGAAUAUGAACACCAACAAACUAAGAAGUCUCUCGAGCAGGGGCGUAACCUUGAAUUGGAAGAAAAU